CUGCGUAUAGAUACAAUCUUCAGUCAGGUGUGAGAAUUCCCAGAGAGCUGAGCAAAACAGGUCUGGCAAGUUCUAUUUGUACCAUAUUUGCUUCUAUUUGUGAAACAACAUGGCUUCAAAAAUACUUCUGCUGUUUCUGGUCGUUCUCCUCUCCACGGAUUUCACAGAGCAAUCUGGGCAGCAAAGAAAGCCUGCCUGUGAGGGCUUUGUUGCUGACAAUGCUUGUCCUCUGAAUUAUUUCCCAGUCUGUGGGACAGAUGGAUUCACCUAUCCAAAUGAGUGCGCGCUCUGUGCCAAGAGACUGCUGACCAAGGCGGACAUCUUAAUCGCCAAGGAUGGGACAUGCUGAGGAAUGGUCAGUGUCCUUUCACCUCGAGGAGAAAAACCCUUGUAUGUGUCUUGAUAUUAAUACUAAUAAAACCCGAUUUCUGCAUCCUU